UGCAAAGCCGCUCCAGCAGAGACAUUAGCUCCUCAGUCAGAGACACGCGAGGAACUUGCACCUGCGCUCUGUGCAUUUUAUUUUUUUUAUUGUGACUUUUUUUUUACUUCCAAAAAUGAAUCCUAUUGUGGUUGCUGCAUUUCUUGUUGGAAUGUUAGAUUUGGCUUAUUCUUCAUGCCCUGCUGUGUGCCAGUGCCCUGUAGAAGUGCCCAGAUGUGCCCCAGGGGUUGGUUUGGUAUUGGACAGCUGUGGCUGUUGCAAAGUGUGUGCCAGGCAACUUAAUGAAGACUGCAGCAAAACUCAGCCUUGUGAUCACACCAAGGGACUGGAAUGCAAUUUCGGAGCAAGCUCCAGAGCUAUCAAAGGCAUCUGCAGAGCAAAGUCAGAAGGAAGACCUUGUGAAUACAACUCCAGGAUAUAUCAGAAUGGAGAGAGCUUUCAGCCCAACUGCAAACAUCAGUGCACAUGCAUAGACGGAGCUGUGGGCUGCUUACCCCUGUGCCCACAAGAACUCUCCCUCCCUAACCUGGGCUGCUCAAACCCAAGACUAGUAAAGGUCCCAGGGCAGUGCUGUGAGGAAUGGGUCUGUGAUGAAGAUAAAGACUCUGUGGACGAGUUGGACGACUUUUUUAACAAAGAAUUUGGAUUAGACACUAAUGAAGGCGAACUGACCAGCAAAAAUGAAUUUGUUGCAGUCAUCAAAGGAGGACUCAAAAUGUUACCUGUUUUUGGCUCUGAUCCACAAAGUCGUGCUGUUGAAAAUCCAAAGUGUAUUGUUCAGACCACAUCAUGGUCCCAGUGCUCAAAAACAUGUGGAACUGGAAUUUCAACAAGGGUGACUAAUGACAACAGUAACUGCAGACUUGUGAGAGAAACUAGGAUCUGUGAAGUUCGCCCAUGUGGGCAGCCCAGCUAUGCCAGUUUAAAGAAGGGAAAAAAAUGUACAAAGACCAAAAAAUCUUCAGCUCCAGUUAGAUACACAUAUGCCGGAUGUUCAAGUGUGAAAAAGUAUCGUCCUAAGUACUGUGGUUCUUGCGUGGAUGGGCGAUGCUGUACACCGCAACAAACAAGGACUGUCAAAAUCAGAUUCCGUUGUGAAGAUGGAGAGUUUUUUACUAAAAAUGUUAUGAUGAUCCAGUCAUGUAGAUGCAACUUCAACUGCCCUCACACCAACGAAGCUUACCCGUACUACAGACUAUUCAAUGAUAUUCACAAAUUCAGAGAUUAAAUCUGAAGAAAAAAAAACAUUAAAAAAGGGACAAUUACCUUUUACUUGAGUAAAAUGGGGAGAACUUGCAGUUUUUGGAAAAUUGUGCAAUGUCUUCUAUGGACUUUUUUUGUGGGAAAAAAAGAUCUUUGGAGCUGGAUAUUUUUUAUCUGGACUUUGUUACAACAGACUGAAAUAUUUUAGUGCUUCAUAAUAUUGGAGCAAAUGAAUCGCUUCUUUUUUGGAGCAUAUUAUAUUAAACUGUUUUCUGUUUGUAAAUUAUCUGCUAAGUAUUCUGGCCCUUACACUAUUUUUUUGUUUUGUUAAUGCAAAUUGUUAACAGAAGACCAAAACUUUGUAUAUUUGUAUAAAAAAAAACAACAACUUGAAUGUUACAUUCCUUCCUGAAGGAGUUCGCAUUUUAUAGCGUUCAUAUUUGGCAGCUAUCACAAUCCAGCAAUUCUUUAGCAAACAGAAUUCAGCAGUGUAUUGUUUCUUAAUUAAAUAUGUUUAUUUAUCAAAAUGUAGCUUAUUUUGUGACAAUUGUAAUACUGGAAAUAAAUUGUAAAUGACUUUAAUUUUAUAUUCAAGGAAUUUUAAAUAUAAUUAUUUAUGAAAGUAAUCAAUAAAAUAUUUACAUAUA